GUUUUAUGUUUAUUUAUUUACAAUGAUGAAUUUCAAAUCUUUUGUUUUUCUCAUAUUUCUGGCUGGUGAGAUUCUCAUUUCUGCAGUGGUGGCCGAUGAACCAGAUCCUGAUCCACCAAGUCCAAAGAUAAGCGUCUAUGAAGAGCUUAAGGGGUGUUACAAGCAUGAAAAAGGUGGAAGAAAAAUGAUUUUGGAGCCAAUUCAUGAUGGAAACUGCAAGGAACAAGGAGGCGAAAAGUACGGUGAUAAUGAAUUUGGUGGUAUUGGUGGCGGUGUCGGUCAAGGAGGAGGUAGUAGAGGUGGCAUAUGGAAAGGUAGGGAAAAAGAAGGUGGAAGUGGUAGUGAUGGAAAAGAUUAUGGUAGUGGAGGAAGUGGAAGUGGAAAAGGAAGAGAAUGUGGUGAUAAAGGCAAUAGAAUUGGAGGAGAUUAUGGUGGUGGAGCAAGUGGUGUUGGUAAAGGCAACGAAAGUGGAGGAAAUUAUGGUGGUGGCAAAGGUGGUGGUAGCAUAGGAGAUUACCGUGGUGGAAGUGGUAGCAGAGGAGAUUAUGGUGGUGGAGAAAGUGGAGAAGGUGGUGGUAAAUGGGGAGAUUAUGGAGAUGGAGCAGGUGGUGGUAAAGGAACUGGUAGCGGAGGAGAUUAUGGUGGUAAAAGUGGUAGAGGUAACAUAGGAGAUUAUAGAGGUGGAGGUAGUGGCCAUGGAUCCGGUGGUGGAAGUAGACGAGACGACAAUGAAAGUGGAGAAGGCGGUGGAAGCAAAUGA